GACCAAGAGAGGCGAACCCCAUUGCAUGCUGCUGCCUACGUAGGCGACGUCCCCAUCCUCCAGUUGCUACUGAUGUCAGGUGCUAAUGUCAACGCUAAGGACACACUGUGGCUGACCCCUCUUCAUCGUGCUGCUGCCUCCCGAAAUGAGAAGGUGCUGGGACUGCUGCUGGCACAUUCAGCAGAUGUGAAUGCCCGGGACAAGCUGUGGCAGACACCACUGCACGUGGCUGCUGCCAAUCGGGCCACCAAGUGUGCCGAGGCUCUUGCACCCCUGUUGAGCAGCCUCAACGUUGCUGACAGGAGUGGGCGCAGUGCUCUGCACCAUGCAGUGCAUAGCGGGCAUCUUGAGACGGUGAACUUGCUCCUCAACAAGGGAGCCAGCCUGAAUGUCUGUGACAAAAAGGAGCGGCAGCCUCUGCACUGGGCAGCUUUUCUGGGGCAUCUGGAAGUCCUGAAACUGCUCGUGGCACGUGGUGCAGACCUCAGCUGUAAGGACCGCAAGGGCUACGGGCUGCUGCACACAGCCGCGGCCAGUGGCCAGAUAGAAGUGGUGAAGUACCUGCUCCGCAUGGGGGCCGAGAUUGAUGAACCCAACGCUUUUGGAAACACAGCUUUGCACAUCGCCUGCUACCUGGGCCAGGAUGCUGUGGCUGUUGAGCUGGUGAACGCAGGAGCCAAUGUCAACCAGCCGAAUGACAAGGGCUUCACGCCCCUGCACGUGGCUGCAGUCUCCACCAAUGGCGCUCUCUGCUUGGAGCUGUUGGUCAAUAACGGGGCUGAUGUCAACUACCAGAGCAAAGAAGGGAAAAGUCCUCUGCACAUGGCUGCCAUUCACGGCCGUUUCACGCGCUCCCAGAUUCUCAUCCAGAACGGUAGUGAGAUCGAUUGUGCCGACAAAUUUGGGAACACACCCCUGCACGUGGCUGCUCGAUACGGACACGAACUGCUCAUCAGCACCCUCAUGACCAAUGGCGCGGAUACUGCCCGGCGCGGUAUCCAUGACAUGUUCCCCCUGCACUUAGCUGUUCUCUUUGGAUUCUCCGACUGUUGCCGGAAGCUUCUGUCCUCAGGUCAGCUGUACAGCAUUGUGUCUUCGCUCAGCAACGAGCACGUGCUUUCGGCUGGGUUUGACAUCAACACACCUGACAACCUUGGCCGCACCUGUCUUCACGCUGCUGCUUCUGGAGGGAACGUGGAGUGUCUUAAUUUGCUGUUGAGCAGCGGAGCCGACCUGAGGAGGAGAGACAAGUUUGGAAGGACCCCACUGCACUACGCGGCCGCCAACGGGAGCUACCAGUGUGCGGUGACACUGGUGACUGCUGGGGCCGGCGUCAACGAGGCCGACUGUAAAGGCUGCUCUCCCCUGCACUACGCCGCCGCCUCCGACACCUACCGGAGGGCGGAACCCCACACUGCUUCCAGCCACGAUGCUGAAGAGGACGAGCCACUGAAGGAGUCCCGCAGGAAGGAGGCCUUCUUCUGUCUGGAGUUCUUACUGGAUAAUGGUGCAGACCCCUCCCUGCGGGACAGGCAGGGCUACACAGCUGUGCACUAUGCAGCCGCCUACGGCAACAGACAGAACCUCGAACUGCUCUUAGAAAUGUCCUUUAACUGCCUGGAGGAUGUAGAGAGCACCAUUCCAGUCAGCCCUUUGCACUUAGCUGCCUACAACGGUCACUGUGAAGCCCUGAAGACACUGGCUGAGACGCUGGUGAAUCUGGACGUCAGGGACCACAAGGGCCGGACUGCGCUCUUCCUGGCCACUGAGCGAGGCUCCACUGAGUGUGUGGAGGUCCUCACGGCCCACGGCGCCUCUGCCCUCGUCAAGGAGCGCAAGCGCAAGUGGACGCCCCUACACGCUGCUGCUGCCUCUGGCCACACUGAUUCCCUGCACUUGCUGAUUGACAGUGGGGAGCGAGCUGACAUCACAGAUGUCAUGGAUGCCUAUGGACAAACCCCACUGAUGCUGGCCAUCAUGAACGGCCAUGUGGACUGUGUACAUCUGCUGCUAGAGAAGGGAUCCACGGCUGACGCUGCUGACCUCCGGGGCCGCACCGCCCUCCACCGCGGGGCCGUGACUGGCUGUGAGGACUGCCUGGCUGCCCUGCUGGACCACGAUGCGUUUGUGCUGUGCCGAGACUUUAAAGGCCGCACACCCAUUCACCUGGCCUCAGCCUGUGGCCACACUGCAGUGCUGCGGACGCUGCUUCAGGCUGCCCUUUCCACAGACCCCCUGGACGCCGGGGUGGAUUACAGCGGAUACUCGCCCAUGCACUGGGCCUCCUACACUGGACAUGAAGAUUGUCUGGAGUUGUUACUUGAACACAGCCCAUUCUCAUACCUGGAGGGAAACCCCUUCACUCCUUUGCACUGUGCAGUAAUUAAUAACCAGGACAGCACCACAGAGAUGCUGCUGGGAGCUCUGGGUGCCAAGAUUGUGAACAGCCGAGACGCCAAAGGACGGACCCCCCUUCACGCCGCUGCCUUCGCGGACAACGUCUCUGGGCUCCGGAUGCUGCUGCAGCAUCAAGCCGAGGUGAACGCCACUGACCACACGGGCCGCACUGCGCUCAUGACAGCGGCUGAGAAUGGGCAGACGGCCGCUGUAGAGUUUCUGCUGUAUCGAGGGAAGGCGGACCUGACUGUGCUGGAUGAGAACAAGAACACUGCCCUCCACUUGGCGUGCAGCAAGGGCCACGAGAAAUGUGCCCUCAUGAUCCUGGCGGAAACCCAAGACCUUGGCCUUAUCAAUGCUACCAACAGUGCGCUGCAGAUGCCACUCCACAUUGCUGCCCGGAACGGUCUUGCUUCUGUGGUGCAGGCUCUACUCAGUCGUGGGGCCACAGUGCUCGCUGUGGACGAAGAAGGUCACACCCCAGCACUGGCCUGUGCCCCCAACAAAGAUGUGGCAGACUGCCUGGCCUUGAUCCUCUCCACCAUGAAGCCUUUCCCACCCAAGGACGCCGUCAGCCCUUUCAGCUUCAGCCUGCUCAAGAACUGCGGCAUCGCAGCCGCCAAGACGGUGGGUGGCUGCGGCGCCCUGCCCCACGGGGCCUCCUGCCCCUACAGCCAGGAGCGGCACGGCGCCAUUGGGUUAGACGGCUGCUACUCUGAGUAGCCCCCUCCAGUGUCCCUCCCCUGCCGGUGGCUUGAUAUCUUACUCUAUUUAUUUAGAAAAAAUCUAAACAUUUAGGGCACUUUAAAGGAGAACACGACUGGGUGGUGGGGCGGCGGGGGGGAAGCACUGGGGAGCUGCUGCUCGCCCCUUUGCCACCCGUCCCAGCCUGGCAGGGUCUGGGACAGACAGGGAACACCCCAGGCCCUUAGCACCCCAGGGCAACCCCUUCCGCCGAGUGUCCCCAGAUGACUGACAGAUGCCUGGCUUUCCCUCUCUGACUCAUCUCAGUUCCCCUUUCUGCUGCCAGCUCCCCAGUCCCUCUGACUGCCCUCCCGUGUCACCUCCUUUGCCCCCGCUGCCAGGCAGACCCUCCUCUUCCUCCAUGCCCAUCACUGCCUCCCUGCUCUGCCGGCCCCUCCAUCCCUGCAGCAGUGAGAAGCCUUAAUUUCUGGUACUGUGUGAGCACUCUGGGGGUGUUCCCCUCCCCCUUCAGGGGCAGCUAGAGGAUGAGGGGGGAGGGCACUUAGCACUGGGGCCUGGAGCUUUCCCCCACUCUAUACCCAAUCACCGCUAAGGUUCCAAUGCAAAACACUUGAAGCAGCGACUACUGUACCUAGGCCCCGCCCGCACUCCCCCCCCCUCAUAUGCAAAUCAAGGGCUGGCUCCGCCCCCGCUGCCUGCCCCGCCCACCUCCGGCCCGGCCCCCCAACACGCACUUUAACCUUGCUUUUUUUCUUUCCACUUCUUUCGGGAGAGCAGAGCCUGUGGCAUUCCCGCUCCGACUCGCUUCUCCCUAAGUUUUGAGGCUUGUCAUGAAUUUUUAAGUAAGCGUUUUAUCCUUUAGUGGAAGAAACAAGUUAAUUUCCUGCCCAUUUCAAAACCAUGGCCCUGGAGUGCCCGCCGUGUUUCAGGCAUGUGCUGCUCGCAUGCGUGUGGAGGGGGCCGUGCCCUCCCUCCCGUGCCCCCUCCCAGUCCCCCAGGUCCCCGUCUGCUUCCCCGCCCGUCGUGCCGAGAGUACCCACCGCCCCAGUCGCUCCUGAGCUGAAGCCAAAGAUGGUGGGAGGGGCGGGGCAGACGGGCCGUGGCCGCUUCGGAGCCGGGCUCCGCGUGAGCAGGCGAGGCGGCUGCCAAGGAGAGGAGGGUGGAGCCGGGGCUGCACCGACAAGGUUCCUAGACGUUGCCCCCUGGAAGCCGCGCUGGGCCGAGUGAGAAGGGGCAGUUUUCCCUCUAAAUGUAGCAUUGCAUCCGGCCCGCCCCUCGCACGCCCCGUCCCCUGUCCUGGGUCGCCUCCGCAGCUGGACCCGCCCCUGCAGCCCCGCGUCCCCUCCGCGCACUCGAUACCUCAGCCAGGGCCGGGACAGAACUUGAACAGAGGCCCCGCCCCUGUACCCAGUGCGUCUUCGCCCAGUCUGGCUGCCGUCAGUAUUGCCCCCCGAGAACUGGACAGACCCCGUUUACAGUCCAAGGGGUCUCCGGCCCGGCCGCCUCCCCGCCCGAGCUUGCUCUGUUCGGACCGCACCCAGUUUUCAGUUGCGCCCCUGAACGUCUUGCCGCCCUUGCCCUUGCCGUCCCAGGGCCGCCUCCUUCCCGCAGAUGCCCUCUCCCACCUCGCGCUGCUAGCUGAAGCCGGGGGUGUUUGUCCGAGUCCUCGUUUUUUCAGUCCCUUCUUAGCCUCCGUCUGUGUCCUGCCUCCCCAGCUCAGAUCCUAAACCAUUUCAAGGCUUCCAAAUGACCAUUAUUGGUGAGAAGGAUUGUGCAGCUUUUAGUUUUUAUUUUUGUGUUCAAAGCCAAAGGGCCUUGCAACGCCCCUCUUGCCCCCCCCCCCCGUACCUUGUCCUCCCCUAUACGACAAUCAAUGUGACUUCUCAAGGGCUGCCGCCCCACGCCCACCCCGCUGGCUCUGCAGCGCUUGCCCGCCCCCACCUCCCCACUUCAGUUCUUCCUCCCGAAACCUCCCGUUCCACCCCUUCCCUCAUUUUGGUGCUGGGAAUUAGGUGGUAGGGGGCGCGGGGAUCAGGGAGGCGGUUCCGGGGGGUGAGUCGGGGAUCAGUCGUGUUCUCCUUUAUCUGCUUAGCGACAGGAAGAAUCUGCGUACUCGUCAGGAGCCCCGUUGUUUUGUUCUGCUAGAUGAGAUUCUGGUGGCUGUCGGUCCCCUGCUGCCCCGCAGCACACUGUCAGCAGUGCUGGGGAGCGGGGAGCCCUCUGUCCCUCCUCAUGCGGCCGUGAGGAGGCCCGGGGGCCAGCAGCCUCCUCUCCUAUGCCAAAGGAAAUCCCGCACCCCGUCCCGGGCUCCCCAGCCCCUCGUGUUUUUGAAGCGUUCUGACCAUUCUCAUGGCCACUGCAUAUUUAUUUUAAUGUUAAGAUUUUUUUUUAAACCUCUUUGACUUAAACGGGUGUGGAGAAGUAAAACAGGCAGAAUGCCCCCCAAUCUCGGGGUCGGGCGGGGGAGGAGGCGCCUCCUCCCCCUCCCCCCGCCCCUCUCCCACCGCAGCUCUAAAGCACUUGCUUCGAGAAAUAAGCACUUUUGUGAAAAGGCCUGUUCGGAGUGGGGACCCGGGAGCAGCCCCAGGUCCCGGCGAAGGAGGCAGAGCGAGGGCGACAUAGGAGACAGACUUGAGAGUCAGCGGGCGAGGCGGAGAGAGCCAGUUCUUAGUUUCUGAUAUUCGGGGGUGUUCCUGCUUGGGCGGCGGCUUCGGCGGGGUCGCGUACAAGCAAGUGGCGCACACUGUGGGUCCCAGGCCGGACCGCAGCCCCGGGGCACCCCGCCUCCCGGGGCGCUGAGCCAUAGGACUGCUGGGAAGCACUGAAUGUACGGCCCAGGUGGGGUGGCGCGGCCCGGGAGGGCUUCUCCUUUGUUUGGUGCUGUGGGGUGGGAGAGGUGGACGGGACCGCCGCCCACGCAGGCGCGCGCCCCUUGGGGUGGAGGGCUGAGGAGGGCCUGCCCCCUCCAGCCCCGGCCGGGGCCCCCCUUCCUCCCUCACCCCUAUCCGUUUUGACUGUAAGUCCAGCUCACCUUUGCCUUCAAUAUGUAACCAAAGGAAAACUCAAUACUGUUUCCACCGCUGUCUGCCCACCCGGCACCCGCUUCCUCCCUGGACCUGGAAGGGGACAAGAGGCUGGGGGUGGGCGGGCGGGGCCAGAGCGAACGGUUCUACAACUGUACCCCCAAGACCACCUCUGUGGGCUCGGAAGGGGCCUGGGAGGCGGGCGGGCGGGCCGGCGGCCGGGAGUAGGCGCACUCUGUAUGGGACGCCCACGGCGCGCGAGCGUUUCCCUGUCGGAAUGACCAGUGACGCUGCUCCAGCGGGGAGGCCCCUUCCUCCGUCCCUCUCAGCCAUUCAUCACCCUCUCCCCACACCCGGUGUCAUUCCCCGCCUCCCUUCCCACCGCGAAGGAAAAUAGCCUUACAGACCCUACCCCGAAACCCUGCUCCCGGGCGAACCUGUACGGCCCCUUCCCGCCAAGGUGGAACCCUACCUGUUGAAAAGGAGGGACAAGGAGCAAAGCAGCCCCUUCCCCUCUCAUUGUGGUGGCUCCGGCCCUCCGUGGCCUUGGCCCAGGCUGGGCGAGGGCGGAGGUGAGGAAUCUUUGAGGACCAAGCCCAGAGGUCUGGGAGGAGGGAGGCAGAGAGGGACGGGUCUGACUUGGGACUCCCUCCUCCCCGACCCAAGCCCUAGAGACCCAACCCCUAGAGAAGCGACCAAAUCCCAGAGAUGGGCGGGAGCUGGGGUGGGGAGGGUCUGCUCUUUGAAUUACUUGAAGGUACUGAUUCUGAGGCUGCUGUUGCCCACAUAGGUGUGAGGGGGACACUGUCACUGCAUUUGGGAGGGUGGAGGGUGACAGGAGGACUGUCCUCGGCCCUCGCUCGCUCCUGCUAGGCCCUUUCUCUGGGCAGUCUGCAAGCCUGACUGCCCCAGAGAGGGUGGGGAGAGCCUUCCCCCCCGUCUCCGUCCUCACCCUGGGCACCCUCUCCAAUUGCACUAAAGUAGCUGUUGUGCCAGUCUUACCCCAUGCCAGGGUGGGGUCUCUGCUUCCAGUCUCUCCCCGCCUCCGCUCCCCCCCCCAGACAAUCUCCUUGUUCCACUCGUAUUCCUGGAUAGCUCAGCUUUGUGUGUGUGUGUUUGGGGGGUGGGGUGGGUUUGGCAGGGGUUCGGGAAGGGCUGGGGGAAAGGUGGAGGGCGAUGUCCUCUACCCCCUUCCUCGACCCUAAGCCACAGAAGCCUGGGAGGGAGAGCGCCUCCUCCCGCGCCGCGUGUCUUGCAGAUGUGCCAAAAUGGGGAGGGUGGGAAGGGGGUGCCUGGCAGAGCAGCCCCCAGGGCGGCUCUCUCAAAGCAAUACUGCUCCCCUGCCAGGGGACGGCAAGACAGGGGAGAGGGUUGGGCUGGGGACCUGGGGGUUCCCGUGUACAGCUGUGUAUAUUCAGGGGUGUUCUCUGUCUGGUACCCACUGUGGGCAUCUAUGUGUGUGUGAACCUCCCCUUCCCCAUGCCCUGCAUGACCUGUGAUGCUGCAGACACCACCGUCCUGUGUGCAGGUGUGCCGGGCGCGGGGGCAUGUCUCAUGUCCUGCUGCGCCCCGCACCCUGUGACCAUGUACUCGGCUGUAGGAAGUAAAGAGAACUGAGCACAAUUCACUGGAUUCUAGUUGAAUCUUUCUCUAAGCAAUUUGCCCGUUCCUGCCCUCCCCCGCCCUGGAUCCCCCUGUGGUGCUAGAGUUGGGGUCGGGGGUGUUUCAUGCUGGUGGGCAGCAAUAAAGGGCAGAUGUGCCCAGAUGCCUGCAUCCCCGGGGUGCUGAGGGCAAUAGGAAAAAGUGGGGACCUCGGUGCAUUUGUCCCACCCCUCCUCUCCUCCCUGGGCUAAAGCACAACGCUCUCCCUGAAGAUGGACGCACCCUGCCCCCUCCAGGCCCCUACUCUUGUCCUCCCCCAACCUGCUUUGAGCCCUCCCACCACACCCCGGUUUUCUAUGCUGUUUUGGUGCGAGUACAACUGUCGUAGUCAUGGCUUUGGGAUGGGUUCUGUUUAUUAAAAUCCUAUUGCUCCUA